GCCGGCUAUAGCGCACGCUACAAGGCUCCGACGAUGAUAUAUAGAGUAUACGACUUACAGUUAAACCGCGUUGGGAAGUGGCCCAGAUUACAGAGACUUUACAGCAUCAAGUCCUAAACCGAUAUCCUGUUCGGACGCUUAAGCGCUUAAGACUUUUUAAUACUUGUAAAAAGGGAUAUUCCGGCGGCAUCGCGGAGUUUUCUGGCGAUCGACGUCGAUGCGUGAGAUAUUCCGACGGCGAUAGAGGAAAGUCCGGUGCAAAAGGCGGAUUUGUCGCGUGGAAUUUUCGAGUGGUUCGUUUUUUAGUUGUUUGUUUAUUUUUUCGAGAAAGUAUUAUACCUAAAUGGUGUAGUGAAGUCGCUGUGAUAUAGACUUGUGAUUUUGUGCACGUGUGCCGUUUGUGUUUAGGUUCAAUCCAUCACCAAACUAUGCCCUCAUCCAUCAACUAAACGAACAUUAUCCAAACCCAUCGAAAUCGAAUCGCAAAAGCGAAAUGGAGCGCCUGGAGUCCCUGCAAGACCCGUCGCUGUGCCUGCAGGACCUGGUGACGGGCGUGACGACGUCGUCGGCCAGCUCCGACAUCCACGGGCACCACUCGAUGCACGAGACCACCGCCUCGGUGAGCUCGGCCAUAUCGGGCAUAAUGAGCGGCGCCUCGUCGUCGGUGCUGGGCCACCACGUCGCGACGCACGACUCGCCGCACCAUCCGGGCGUCGUGCCGCACACGCCGUCCCUCCACCACGAGCCGCUCGAGAAGCUGAAACUUUGGGCGGAGACGGGCGACUUCCGAGACGCCCACAACGGCAUGACGGGAUCAGCGAUGGAUCAUCCGCAGUUACCUUUUCCCGGUGCGGUCCGGUCGAGAACGCGAGAAAGAAAAGUGAGUAGAACGUUAUCGGACACGAUAAAGACGGAAUCGGGCGUUGGGGUGGAAUCGACGGAGCCGGACGACGGCAAAAACGACAAGAAGAACAAGAGACAACGCAGACAGAGGACCCACUUCACCAGCCAGCAGCUGCAGGAAUUGGAAGCUACAUUCGCCAGGAACCGAUAUCCCGACAUGAGCACCAGAGAGGAGAUCGCAAUGUGGACGAAUUUAACCGAAGCUCGAGUCAGGGUGUGGUUUAAGAACAGGCGGGCGAAAUGGCGAAAGCGCGAGCGCAACGCGAUGAACGCGAUGAACGCGGCCGAAUUCAAGACGAGCUUCGGCACGCAAUUCAACGGGCUGAUGCCGACGAUCAGCGAUGACAGCUUCUACUCGUACCCGACGUACAACAACUGGGCGACGAAGGUGCCGAGCCCGUUGGGCACGAAGCCCUUCUGGCCGGUGGUGCCGUCCAGCCACCACCAGAGCCCCGUGAAUUGCUUCAACGCGGCGACGAGCGUGACCGGCGCCACCAUGUCGGGCGCCGUCAGCUCGAUGCUGCCCGGCGGCAUGGGCACGGUGAUGACGUCGGCGCCGGGGGCGGUGUCGGCGCAGCCUUGUCCGUACACGACGCCGGCCAAUCCGUACUCGAUGUACCACAGGACGGCGGCGGAGCCGUGCACGGCCAUGUCCGCCUCCAGCAUAGCCUCGCUGAGGAUGAAGGCGAAGCAGCACGCGCCGUUCGUCGGGUACUCGAGCGUCAGCCCGGUGAGGUCGUCUUCGGCCGGCCUGUCGGCCUGCCAGUACGCGGGGAGCGGCAUCGGCGUGGGUGAGAGGCCCGGCUGAGAGCAGGAGUUGGCCUUGAUUGGCCAUCUCAAACACGAAGACCAAGAUGAUUGAGUGUUGUUGGAUCGAAGCGGAUCGAUUUUUCGAUCGAGAUAUGAGUAAGGUUUUUGAUUGUUUUUUUUUUACUCACGCCGUCGGGCGAUAAUACACCCCAUAAAUCCUCUUGUUAGUCGACCAGCAAUAGUUCUCAGUCGACUAAAAAAUAAUUAUUGCUGCUCGUCCAACUAUUACUAGUCGACUAACAAUUGUUACUGAUAGGCUAAUAAUUGUUGCUAGUCGACUAUUAAUUGUUGCUGAUGGAAUAAUAAUUGCUGCUAGUCGACUAACAAUUGUUGCUAGUCGUCAAACAGUACGUUUGUUCCCAAAAAUCAAUUGAACAGUGCACAAACUAAUCACUGAUUGUGUUACAAAAAAAUCAAGACAAAAGCUUCAAAUAUUACACAAUUUUUAAUUAACUGGCCAAACGUUAAUUGGGAAUAAAGUUAUAAUUGUUGCACCAUGAGCAUUAUUUUAUUUAUACAUAUCUACAGGGUGAUCCACUCCACUGCAAACUUCUUUAGUAUUACUAACUUCGAAUUUCUCCAAUGUCCUGGUAUAUCCGCUAUUCAGUUUAUCCCUUGCGAAUGUUACCCCUGUGUACAGUAAUACAUGCAAAAUUGAAUAAAUUAUUAAUAUCAAAUUUGCAACACAAUAAUUUUGAUCGAAGUUAUUGCAUAAAUAAACUUUGAAAAAUUCGAUGUCGUUUUGUAAAUAAAAAUUUAUCUUCAACGGUAAUUUUGGAUGUACAUAUAGAUAUCUAAGUAGGGUUUAUUUUAAUUACAAAUGAGAAAAUUUCGUCUUCCUAUAUGACCCUCCUCCCAACAAUCAGUAUUAAUACUGCAAAUAUUUUUUUUCAAUAUUUAUUUGUAAUCUAGAGAUAAAUUAAUUGAUAAUUUAAAUGAUUUUUUUAUAACUGCACAUUCUGAUAAAAACAAUUAAAGUACUUAGGUUUUAAUUCCCAGGAAAUGAUCAAUUUUAAUAUAGUAGAUAUGCAGUUCGAUUGAUACAUAUAGCUGUUGAUGUGAAACUACAAUGCGUAAUUGCACAACUUAAAUUCACAGCUAUACCAGUUGGUCUGUAAAAAAAAUAGAAAAUACUAUUUUUUUUAAUUCAAUUUCACUCAUUAAAACUCCAUCGAUCAAUUUUGUUAAAUAAAUUGGUACGUCGGCGAAAUGUCUUUCGAUUUCAUAACAAUUUUUUAUUAUUUUCAAUGUCGUAUUUUAUUUGUUAUCGGUUAUGAUAAUCUGGCUGGAAAGGACUCGUCGAGUGUUUGUCAUGUAAUUUUUUCGUAAUUUUAGAACUCGGAGAGAAAAUUAAAUAUUUAAUCGUGUGUUUGAAAUUGCACAUUUCGCAAAUUCGAAGAAAUUAUCGCAAUACGAGAAAAAUCCAAUGAAAAUUGAGAGAAUCUAAUUUAAGCAAUAAAAAUAUAAAGUUUAUUAUCUUCGGAAAUUUCUUCCAAAUUCGCCCAAUUAUUUUUAUAUAUUAGAUAACCAAACUUUUUUAUUAUUUUCGCAAAUUUUAUUAGUUUUAAUUCCAUUUAAGAAAACGCAAAAAGUUUAACAAACAUUUUUUAAUCUCGAAAAAAAUACCAAAAACUCUUUCUGCCUUUUCUUGACAUAGUACAAAUAUAGAUGCACUUAUUUUGUUUUAUUCUAGUACUUACCAAAAAUUUGUUUUAAUAAGAUUUUUUGUUGAUUAGAUAAGAGUUUUACAAUACCAUUUUUUGUACAUUUACAGGGCUCAUUAAUCUUACGGCAAAUUUCUAUAUCAUAAAAUAUUAAUAAAAAAAUUACUUAGUCCACAUUUUGUAAUUAUACAGGGAGUUGUAUCAUAAUUUUUAUAUUUAGAAUUACUCCGUACUCGGUCGUAAGUUUGGUGUACCCUGUGUAUUUAUUCGUAAUUUAAAUUGUUAUAAAAAUGCAUUCAGAGCGUAGACUGUUAAUUUAGUGGAAGUCAA